CUAUACCAUUUCAUUUCAGAGAAGCGUGGACUUGCUUCUGUUCACGUGCAUGGAGGAGGACUGGGAGAAACUUAUACGACUCAUCACCUUCUACACCCGUGAUGAGAAUUACCUCAGCAGGAUGUCCAUUUCUGAGCGCCUGACAGUGAUGAUGAGCGCCCCCUACCUGGUCAAACUGGUGCGUCAAGUGUUGCCCCACCCGCCACAGCAAAGACAUGUGUCACGGCUACUGUGUCUUUGCCAGUUUACCGAGGAAUGCAUUUCCAGAUUCGCUCACGGCCUUGACAGAGAGGACGUCCCAGGGCUAGCCGAGCUGUUCACGCGCCACAUGCCGGGCAAGGUGUCGGGCAGCGCUGUCAGGAGAGUGCAAGAAGAGUUGUUCCACGCUAACCACGGCCUCGUGCCCUAAGGCUGCUUCUAUGGGGAGAUAUGCCAAGUUUACAUACUGUGUCAAGUGUCUAGCAGUUCCGUGGGAAACUGCUUUGAAUAAACCGUCACAGUGAUUCCUAUUCGUGUUUUAUAUGGAAACUAAGGAAAUGACACCUUCACCAAUCUCUAAGUACAGAUGCCGAUUAGUCAAAUGGACCCAAUGUGCAUGAUCAGAUCGAAUCUGAUCAGGUCGGGAAAUGGCACGGACCAGGCCAGUGUACGCUUUUUCAAAUAGAUCUAGAUCUAUGCUCAGCUUCAUUAGCUUUGAACCUGGAAAGUCCAUCAGCGCCAAACGAAUUCCGCGAGCAAAGACAAGACGUCACGCUGCCGUGUCAUGUGACUCGUAGUUGCCUUCAGAUUUUCUGUUGGCCACCAUGUUAAUCAAUUAGUGUACCAGACUGUGAUCUAGAAAUCAAAUAGGCUUGAUUUUUCAUGACUUAAUUCAACUGUUGAGUUUUCCACUCUAUGAAAGAAAUCUGGCCAUGAUGAU